AUUUCUCAUAUUUGAAAGCACAACUAUCAGUUCUGUAGAAACCUAAUGGGUCUCUAGAGACACACCCGCACUGCGUUUUAGUCUUUCUUUUUACCGAAGCUAUGAUUUUUUUUUUUUUCAUUUUCCUCAAGUGGAUUUUUGUUCUUUUCUCCUAUGGAGACACCGAUGGUUGGUUUUGCGGAGAGCAAGUUUCAUUUCUUUUAAUAUGUAAAACUAUUGCCGCAUUGUGCCUUUUGGGUGCUUGAUUGUCAAGAUGUAUAUGCAUGUGUAUAUAUGCAUAGGUUGGGUGGCAAAGAUCAAGGGACUUUUCUUUUUGAAGAUGGGUAAGACGAGGAAGAAGUUAAAGAAGGAGGAGAUUGCAGAGGAUUGGUGUUUCAUCUGCAAAGAUGGGGGAGAACUCAGGAUCUGUGACUACAAGGAUUGUCUGAAGGCAUAUCAUCCACCAUGUGUGGAAAGAGACAGUUCGUUCUUGGAGGCUGAAGGGCGCUGGCUGUGUGAUCGGCAUUUUUGCUACGUUUGCCGUAGAACAGCGAAAUUCCACUGCCUCUGUUGUCCAUCAGCUGUAUGUGGCCACUGUCUGUGGACUGGUGAAUUCGCACUAGCUAGAGGAAAAGGAGGAUUCUGCAAUUACUGUCUGACGCUGGCUUUGCUUAUUGAAGACAAGAAGGAUGUUGACUUUGAUGGGAAAAAGAUAGACUUCAAUGAUAAAGACACAUAUGAGUUCUUAUUCAAGAGUUACUGGGAUAUAGUUAAGGUUGAAGAAGGUUUGACUAAGGAACAUGUACACUCUGCAUAUAACCUACUUAAUAGGGGCAAAAACUGCAUCCUUGGCACAGAAUUAAAUGAAGCUUAUGAAGGUAAAGAGGAUUUUAGUGACUUUGAAGAUGAAAAUAUUAUAUCUGAUUAUGAUGAAUCUAGUGAUAUGGACAAACAGAAGCAAGACCACAAAAGGAAGGGACCUAAGGGUAAGUCAUGCAUGGAAAGAAAGGUUAAGUCAAAGAAAAAAGAGUUUGUUGGAUGGGGAUCAAAACAGCUUUUUGAAUUCCUUGCUUCCUUGGGUAGAGACACUUCCGAGGUAUUAUCACAAUAUGAUGUCACUAGUAUUGUGUCUGAGUACUGCAAAAGGAACAAUCUUUUUGACCCUCAAAAAAAGAAUAAAGUUAUCUGUGAUGCAAAGCUGCAUACUCUUCUAGGAAGGAAAUCAAUGAGUAGAAAAGGCAUAUAUAACCUACUAAAUGCCCAUUUUGCUGAGAACAUGGAGGAAUCGGAUUAUAACUUUGAAUGCAAUUCAAAAGACAAGGUUGAAAAUCUCUUAAUUGUCAGUAAUAGACACUGUUCAAAGUCAAAUACGAAAUUUCACAAUCUGAGGAAGGAAGUAGUUCAGAAUGUGCAACGAAGCUGCUUUGCCUCUAUGGUCGUAGAAAAUUUCAAGCUUGUGUACUUGAGGAGGAGUUUAGUGGAGGAGCUGUUAACACAACCCCAAACAUUUGAUGUGAAAGUGUCGGGGAGUCUAGUGAGAGUCAAAUCCGAUCCCAAUGACUAUUUACAGAAAAACUCUCAUCAGCUCUUACAAGUGACAGGCAUAAAGAGAACUGUGAGAGAUGGUGAAGUAAAUGCAGAUAUUCUCCUGCAAGUUUCGAUUAUGCCGAAAGAUAUACCCAUCUGCACAUUGUCUGAUGAUGAUUUUACUGAGGAAGAAUGUGAGGAAUUGUGUCAGAGACUCAAAAAUGGGCUGAUUAGGAGGCCAACUGUUGCGGAGCUUGAAAAGAAAGCCAGAAGUCUACAUGAGGAUAUUACGAAACAUUCAAUUAAGAGAGAGCUCACUCUACUGCAAAAGCGCAUUGAUCGGGCAAAUGAGAAGGGACUGAGAAGAGAUCUCUAUGAGUAUAUGGAUAGACAGAUGGUACUUAAAACACCAGCAGAACAAUCGCGGUUGCUAAGUGAGGUUCCAGUAAUAAUUGCAGAAAUUGAAGAUCUUGAACCUGUUCAUGAGGAUUCUCAAAGAAAAGAUGAGUAUGAGUAUGGUGAUUCACUGAAAUCGGCUGUCCAAUUGGCUUAUAAAACCAGCAGCAAUGAUUUGAAAGGAAAUGAUUCAUACUGGCCCAAAGGCGAGACAGGUGCCCCAGGAGGUGGACACAUUCGUCCUAAAGAUUUCGUUCCAGAUAUUGGAUCAAAUUCUCCUUGUAAAGCUAAUGAAAAUAGAGAGAUUGGCAAUGAAGAGUCUCCUGCAAACAACACAAAAGGGACUCCACAAGAGGCAAAUCAUCAGUGCAUUGCAGGUCUAAGAGAACAGAAGGUCCAACUCCAUGCAGUUCCAGCAAUGGAUUUCAGCAGCCAUAGAUCAAGUAAAGAAAAAGGCUUGGGGAAGACGUACCCAAGAAGAAGGAAACUCAAACCUGACGGAUCCUUUUCUGAAGAUCUGCCUUCAGAGUCUUGCGAUGUUGCCCCUCAAGCACCUGUUCUUCAAUUGGACAAGUGUCAAUCUGGACAAGAAAUUAAAAAGAACUACCGUGCGGCAUCACCUACCAAAACAUUACCAAAACAGUCUCUGAAUCUUUCCCCUCAAGGCCAAGGCAUCAUCCAAAGUCACACAGUAGAUGCUGAAGAGAAGAACAUGAAGACGGAGAAUGCAUCAACAGUUGAGCUAAUCGAGUUGAGCGAUGAUGGAGAACUGGCAGCUGAGGACCCGGAAUGCUCUAAAUGGUUCUGUUUGACACCACUUGGUACGAAAAUAGGUCCUUAUCCAAUGUCAGUGCUCAAACAAUGGAAUGAUACUAGCCGUUAUACACUAAAGCAUAAGGUUUGGAAAACUGAUCAGAGCCAGGAAGAGGCUGUUUUACUUGGUGAUGCAAUUCGAAAGUAGGGAACUUUUUCAAGCCUUUCUUACUGUCAGUUUCUUGUGAAGAACUUCAAUGCUUUUUGAUUGCGACUUAAAGACAGUUGAGAACCAAGUGAAAGUAAAGAAAGCAGCAGAAUAGAUACAUUAGCAGCUUAUUCAAGGAAUUAUGACUUUGUUAUUGUGGUCAGUGAGCUAUAAAAUGUAAAUUAAGUGAAACUAUAUAUGGUAGAUGGAUUUCACAGCACCUAAACCGGAGAAAUAUAGUUAUGUUAUAUCCCCACGGAAUACCUUUUAUCCCCCAUUUAAUUGUACAAUGCGCUCGGUUCCUCCAGAGCUUUUUAGGUUAAAGUUGAUGCUGUUUUCUCCUAA